GAGUUUUUGGAAAAACCAGUCAGUGUUGAGUUAAUGGUUUUACAAAAGUAUUCUGCAAGUUUAUAUCGAAUGGAGUCCCUAGAAAAAUGCAAACUAACCUCAGACACUUCCGAUUUGGACAAACAAAAAAGUGAUAAUCACUUUCUUACACAGAACAUACAAGAACUUAAAUGGGAGUCUGAACAAAAAGAUAGAAUAAUCGAUGAUCUUCAAACGAUGGUUUGUAAUUUAAAAUGUAGAUUGCGGACCAACAAUUUGGAUGAUGAUGUACAAUUAUGUGAAGAAGAAAUUAAACAAGACACAAAUGCUUGUCAGAAUCUUAAAAAUUUAUUUGAAAAGGUCAGACUAGCAGACAGCAUCAAGGCAUCAGUAGAAAACAGAGAAUUUAUUGAAAGACUCAUCAAGGAAAAUGAAUAUUACAAAAACAUGGUCACAGAUUUAGAGAUUCGGUUACACUCCAAUGCACCCACAAACAACUUUCACAAAAUAGAAAUAAUGAAUUUACACCAUGAUGUCCAAGAAUUUGCACAGCAAUGUCAUCAAAUGACUCAGAAAUUAAUGACUUAUGAAAAAUUUAAUUUUCCUCCAAUGUCAAACGAUUUCAGUGUGAUAGAAGAAAAUAAAAGACUACGAAGCAAAAUAUCAGAAGUCCAGCAAGCAAACAAAAAAUGGCGGGUCUAUAAUAAUCAAAGAGAAGCUUUUUAUCGGAAAUUAAUCUCUCAGUUGAAUGUCACGAAAAAAGAUCAUUGUAAUCCUUCGAGUAGAACAAUACAGAGUUAUGAUGACAUGAAAAAGAAUGAGGAAGAACUGCUUGCACUAAAAACUCAGGUGAAAAUCUAUGCUGAAGAUUUUGAAAAUGAAAGAAAGGACCGCGAGAAAGCACAAUCACGAAUCAGUGAUUUAGAAUCUGAAAUUUUAAAGUUAAAACAUUUACAAGAUCCCCCUCAUGAACCGAUGCCCUCAAAAUCAUAUUACACACCAAAAAAUACCAGAUAUUUUGAGCAAAAGGAAGCUGUACCACGAGGAAUAUCAGAAAGUCACUAUGUGAAUCACGCUUACCAAAAAGACAGCCUUGAACCUGUAAGAAAACGUGCUGAUAAAUUCGAGACAGACAGUAUAUCCAAUGCAAAACAAAACUUUAUUUGUCCUAGUUGUAACAUGGUGUUUGGCAGUGACAAACAGGCAGAACUUUUAGCACAUGUUGACAUUUGUUUUUGAACGAAAUGACAACAAUGUAUCUUUCAAUAUUUUGUAUUUAUUUAAAUUGGAAAAGUUUGUUGCGUGCAUGUGUGUGUGUGUAUAUAUGUGUGUCAGUGUGUGUAUAUGUGUGUGUCUGUGUUUAUGUGACCAAGUUUGUAUUUUAUCCCAUUUUCACAUGGGUUUGCUACUGUAAACUCUAGCAUCGCUGUCAAUGUUCCAUGCUUGCAGUCAACCAUGAAAGUAUGUCCAGUCUUGUUGACAAAUGUGAUCUUUGGGAAGAAAACACUUUUUCAGACAAUGUUGUUUCCAAUUCACUGCAUAACUUUCUCUGGGCUGUUCAGUGGUUGA